GGGGUUACGCGCCACUGUUUUGAGGAAGAAGCAGAAAAAAAAGGAACCUCAGACCAUUAUGGCGUACGACGGGUACUUUGCCGUGCACGGUACAGGAGUUACCCUGAUUGAAGACUACCACAAAGAAGAGGAAGCCACCAGGUCCUACGCUGCCGUAGCAUUCACUAUAUUUGUCACCCUAAUCAUCACCACUGUCACGGCUAUCUGUGUUGUCGCACUGAACCUGAACCAUCCGACACCCAAGGACAAGACCGACGCAGCUUCUGCUGGACACGUAUCGAUGCCGAAGUUCCCGCAAAAGCCUCCUCAGGACAACUACGAGGAUUACAUGGACAGCGGUAUUGAUCAGGCAGAAGAUACAGCACCGAAAGAUACGAGAGUUUGCAACACCGACGAUUGCAAAUACGUCCGCCAAUUCAUUGAAACGGUUGUGGACGCAGAUCGAGACCCGUGCGAUAACUUUUUCAAUUUCGCCUGCGGUAAAAAUGAACGGCUGCCUACUGGUAUGUACGUCGAUAAUUUUGGCGGCAGUUUAGAAGAACAAGACGUGAUGGCAUCCGUCGCGAAGAACCUGAAAGAGGCGAACGUUCCUCCCGUAGGUCAAAUGGCUUUCCAAAAGUCUGCAGCGCGCUACAAACACUGCACAGAGGGCGACAAGAACACAUCUCUGGAAGUCAUUAUAGACUUCUUUCGAGAGCACCAGAUGGACGUAACGAAAAAGAUGUCAUUCCAGCCAAUGGACAUCAUGGUGAAAUUUAUCUUCAAGAUUAACAUUCAUUUGCUGUUUUCAUUGGAACCAGUUGAGCUUGGAGCACGUGCUUUCGCGUUUCGCAAGGAGACAAUAGCCCCCACAGGAGUAGGGUCUACACAUGUUAGAGCAAUUUUGUCUCGCAUAUAUUCGGCAUCCAUUUAUAGCAACCUGGCGCGGACUAUUGAAGAGUUAGAGAACGGGUUGGGUGGCAAUAAAUCACAGGGAAGUGGGCAUGGGAUGUCAAACGACACUGUCAAGAUGAUCGAGCUCCGGAAAGUGGGGCAAAGAGACGACGAACUCUCUGACGAGUGGAGUGAGGCGCUCCGACGCUACGCACCCGCUGCGAUACAAACGAAAAUAGUACAGAUAAUAGAAGCUGAUUUCCGCUUUUUCCACCGCCUGUUUGGAAGCACAGGGACGUCUCGAAAGAUGAUAUGCGAGUAUUCUUCGCCUGAAGAUGUGCCUCUGACUUUUACAAGCGUCUUUUUGUUAGAACUUACAACUGCGCUCUUACUACGGCGCGGAUCCUCCCAAACGCGGCGUCCAUAGGAGCCCCGUUCCAAGCCAAUUACGGCGAAAGGAUUGAAGCCAUCACGAAAAUGAGCGAAGGAAUCAUC